UGAUGAGGAAGCCCUUAGGCUGAUAGCUUUAGCAGCCUUUCAACAGGAGAUGGAUGGAUGUCAGAAAGGAUUAAAGUCAGACCAGGUGAUAAAGAAGAACUUCAACAAGCAGAGAUGGAAUUGUGCUUGCACAGGAUAUUCAAGAGGACCUUGACCUUCAUUCUGUCUGUCUUGAUAUUUACCUUCCUCACCAUGUACCACCUGGGACCUUCACUAAAGAUAUUCCAGAUCAUGAUGUGGUACAAACGUCAGAAAAGGGGCGUGAAGGUUAAAUAUGUGGAGCAUGAAGGCUAUAGGUUCUGUUACUUCUCCCGUGGCCAACCUGGACUCCAGCCCUCCAUUCUGAUGCUUCAUGGGUUCUCAUUCAACAAAGACGUGUGGUUAAAUGCCAUCAAGCUCUUUCCUAAGGGCCUUCACUUGGUCUGCCUUGACAUGCCUGGACAUGGAGAAACUACUCGUUUGCUAGGAGAAAGUUACACAGCAGCAACUCAGGCUCAAAGGAUACAUCAGUUUGUCAAGUGCAUCGAUAUGGAUAGAAAGCCUUUCCACUUGGUUGGCACUUCCACAGGAGGAAUGGUAGCUGGGCUUUAUGCUAUACUUUAUCCAUCUGAUGUCUGCUGCUUAUCACUCCUGUGCCCAGCUGGUCUGAGGUACCCAAAAGCUAGUGACUUGGUCAAGUACUUGAAGAAGCAGAAGCGAUCCAUGCAAUCACACAACUUUCUUAAACAUGGUGUAUACCAUUCCAGCCGAACAAAUCUGCAGCAUCUCAAGGGAUACCUUGCAGCUUCGAGACCAGAUAAAGCUUUUUAUAUAAACUGUAAGUGCAAUUGCAUGACAACAAAGAACUAA